AAUGCUCUCUGCUCUAAUGGUUGUGGGACCAUUCACAAAACAUAGGCGAAUAAACAUAGAUGUGCGUUCGUACAAAUCGCACCGCAACCAACGGAACCGCCGUCGUUUAGCUUUCGUAAAGUACGUAGUGGUUAAGUGAGUGUGCUUCUGUAUCCGCUAGAAUCAACAUCAUAGCCAUAGUCGGUCCGUCGCUAGGUAAUAGAUAAGUUGUAACCCAGAGCUCGUGUGCGUGAACGUAAAAACGUUGUAAGCAGCAACAACAACAACAUCAACCAGAGCAGCAGCAAAAACAACAUUGCUUGGAGUAUUAUGGUGUUCUUAUUUACAAUGAAUAUUAUUGCGCAGGUUGUUGUUUUGCCAUAGAGACGUAGAAAAAAUCCCAUAACAACGUCUCCCUAUCGUCUUACAACAAACAAUACAUACCAACUUCCAUGUGAAUGGAAAGAAAAAAAGCAGUGAAAAUAUGAAAAUAAAAAUAAAAUAAAAAUAUUCAAAAGAAAAUCCUCAUAAAAAUUAAAAGCCUUCGCGCUAAAGUUCUUAGAAUUUCAAAGUGAAAAAAAAGUUUUGGAAAAUUAAAAUUCUAUGAAUAAAAUUUGAAUAAAAAAUUAAAAAAAACAACAGCCUAAUUAAGAAUUCAAAUGGAAUAAAAAGUAAAUAGUCAUAAAAACCCAUCAAAACAGUGGAGGGAAUGUCUAAAAGCCCUUUAGUGGGAAGUGAAAAAUCAAAGCCACUACAUUAAAUUUAUAAAAAAAAAUAAUUUGAUUAAAGUUCCGUGUAGUUAAAUAGAACAAGAAGCACCAGUGAGUUUGUUAACAUCACCACUUCAACGUAAUAGCCACAAAACGAAAAGAUAUCGAGACGGACGUCACAACGACAUUGUAUCAAAGGAGGAGGAGUAGUAGCAGUAGCAGUAACAAAGCCAUCAUCAUGGAUGUAAGAACAACAAACCGGGUUUACAAAGGGCCCAGAAACAAGCAGCUAACUAAUAUGGAGAGUAUGUUGAACCUAGCCAAUUCCCUGGAUGCUUAUAAUGACUGUGAUGUUGCUAACGAAUCUAGUCCCUGUUGGAAUGAUUUACCCAAUGAGCUGUUAAUACACAUUUUCAAAUAUUUGCCCCAUGGAGAUUUACAACAGGUGCGCAUGAUUUGCCGGCGUUGGCAUGACUUGAUGCAAUUGCCUGAAUUUAUGGAUAAAACCAAGAUAGUGGUAAAUCAAGAGAAUAUGGCAAUUUUAAUCGACUCCCUUCGUCAGGAUGCUGAUUUGGCUCAGCGCCUAACAUAUGACACCUUGGAAUUACAUGGCCUAGAACUGAGCAAUGAAGUCAGUGAAAUCCUACAACAUUUGGGUACCAAAGUACACAAAUUGCGCCUUUACAAGUCACCCGUAUUUGCCUUGCUGAAUGAUCACCUGCCCGAGUUAGAAGAGCUCAUAGUCACUCACAUACCCACAGUGCAAAGUGAUAAUAAUUUUUCCUUGAAUUUGGGUAAAUUUCCUAAAUUCAAAGCCUUAGAUAUAGCCUGCAGUAAUGUGACUACCUACAUUAAGACGCACAUGAUUCUAAAUUUGACGCGGGAGGUCUCAGUGAAAAUGGAAAAACUUUGCAUAGAAAUCAAUAGAGAUCAUGAGGAUCUCUUGAUCUAUACUUUGCAGUGCCAUGCCAGCUCUCUGAAACAUUUGGAAAUAAUUUUACGUUCGACUCCUUUGAUGAUUGUAAAAUGGAAGCAGGUCUUUGUUUUGCUGGAAUGUUUGGAGACUUUGAAAAUUACAGGCAUUUCCUGUUACUUAUGGCUGAAGCAUGUCUUUGAAUGCCUGCCCCAAGAGGCUCCUUUGAAACAUUUAGAUUUGAGUGGAGGCCUACAGGUGGAUGAUCCUUUGCUCAAAUUGAUUGUGGACAAAUGGCCCAAUAGCUUAGAGACCAUGGAAUUAAUGUUCUGUAGCUGUCUAACUGAUGAGGGUGUAAAAAGUUUGGGAAAACUUAAAAAAUCUCUAAGAACCCUUAAUAUAUCCCAUUGUUCUAAGAUUUCUUCAAAGGGCCUGCUGCAGGGUUUGGUGGAGGAAACAAAUCCCAUACUCACCAGCCUGGUAUUGAAUGACAUUACCGACUCAGAGUCCGAGGGCAUGUGUUUAGUGGCCCAACGUUUACCCAAUUUGACUUACCUUAGUUUGGAGUCAUGCCGAGAUGCUGUCACUGAUGCCACGUUGGAGAAUAUCUUCAGACAUCAACGAAAAUUGCAACAUUUGAUACUAGAUGACUGUAUGCGUAUAAGUGAUGAGGGUCUCUUGGGCAAUGGUGGUGAUAACCCCUCGACCAUACGUAACCUUAAGGGUCUGCAGAGCCUCUCUCUUAGAGGUUGUCGUAAUCUUUCCAAUCGUGCCUUGGCUAAAGGCCUUAAGUUCCGUGAGCUGCGUAAAUUAGUUUUAGGCUAUUGCCACAAAAUAUCCUCUAUGGGUAUAGAGGAAUUGGUGGAGAAUUGCCGUUGCCUAGAGGAUUUGACCAUUUCCAGUUGCCUUAUGAUUGAUGACGAUGCUAUGUUGCAUAUAGCCCAGGGCUUGCCUCGUUUGCGGCGACUGAAUGUAAGCAACUGUAUUAAUUUGACUGGCCGAUCUAUUGAUUAUGUCGUGGAGUUGUGUAAAUCCUUGAAGGAGUUGUCAAUGUGUGGCAUAGACUCGUUGGAAAUUGAAGAGGUACAAGAUAAGUUCCUGCAAAUGAAACCACAAAUACUGGAGUUGAAUUUAUAAGCGAUAAAGGGUACAAAAACUACAUUAUAGAAAUCUAUAAAAAUAUCUCUUUUUGGGGAUAUACCAAGAAUACAAGGAUCAUUAAAAUGUUAUGGUAAAGUGUAAUUUUUCCUUCAGGUCUUUUAAAAUAGUCAGAUAAAACGAUUAAAAACAUUGUGGAAUAUAAUUUAAAGCUAUAGAAUUGUUUAAGAACGUUCAACAACCAAGAAAAAACUGUUAUACUCCUAUAUUGUUAAAAAUCUCAAAGUGUUAUACUCAGAUAAUGUACCACAAACAAGAAAUUGUGUUCUUUGGGGUCUAUAUAAAUAACUCUAAUUAAAGUAAAACUAUUUUAAAGAUUUCAUUAAUUAAAAUGUUAUACUUGUAUAAUGAGGUGCAGUUUUCUUAAAGUCAAAUUACACAUUCUCUGUAUAUUGUUUAAGAGCAAUUUUAGUUCGAUUCACAACCAAGGACAAAGUGUUAUACUGUCAAACAGUUUUACUGGUCUUAUGCAUUUUCUACCAAACCAACAAUUUGUGUAUUCUCGGGAGUCUAUAAAUUAUUUCAGUGCUGAUAUCUGUGCAGUGAAACAGUUAUACAACUACAAAAAAAAAAAACGGUUUAACAUCUUUGACAGCCAAAUCUCAUUUCUUUUUU